CUGCGGUCCCGUCCCCCGCGCGGAACCAGCUCCCUGAGCUGCCCGGGCGGCGGGCGAGGGGCGAGCGGGCUUCGGCGAGCCCGAGGAGGCACAGGCCGUCCCGGGCCCGCAGGUCAGUGUGGAGGUCUUCGUGUCUGUUCCCAGCACUCUGCUAGGCUAGAAGAGGAGGAGGAACCUGUCCAGAAGCCCUGCAGGACAGGAACAGGAGAGGAAAUUUCAACAUGGAGAAACUCUGCAAUGAAAAUGAAGGAAUGCCUGAGUACCAAGGAAAGAUGAAAAACAAAGAACAGCCACUGGAUACGGGAAAGCCGGAAGUAGCUUGCAUUCUGGAAGACAAGGAAAAGUUAGAAAAGAAGGGAAAGACAAAUCACAAGGGAAAGACAGAAGGUGAGGAAAUACUAAAAGAUAAGAAAACACCAGAGAGUGAGGCAAAGCCGAAAGAAGAAGAAAAAGCAGAGAGCCAGGGAAAGCCAAAAGAAGAAGGAAAACCAGAGAGCCAGGGAAAGCCAAAAGAAGAAGGACAGCCAGUCAGCGAACCAAGGGCUGCAGGAAAGCACCCAGUUGGGGAUGAUGUACCCAGGAAAGCCAAAAGAAAAACCAACAAGGGGCUGGCUCAGUGCCUUAAGGAAUAUAAGGAGGCCAUACACGAUAUGCAUUUGAGCAAUGAGGAGAUGAUAAGAGAAUUUGACGAGAUGGCUAGGGUGGAGGAUGAGGUGAAGAAAACCAGACAGAAAUUGGGGGGGUUUAUGUGGAUGCAAAAAAGCUUACAGGACCCCUUCCACCCGAGGGGUCCAAGGGAACUCAGGGGUGGCUGCAGGGCCCCACAAAGGGGCUUUGAAGACAUUCCUUUUGUGUAGUGCCCUGGCCGGUAGGUGCCAGGGCCUGUGCUUUAACCUUAGGCUGAUACUUUACUUUAGGUUUGUUACUAGCAGCCUUUUAAUCCAACUACAGUGCUCUAUCAGUAGGGGAUUUUCACCCAUGUGCAUUGCAAAGACGUUAUGAUUCUUGGAAAAAUAAAGCAGCUUAUAAUAUCAUCUAUAGAAUCAGUUCACUUUUGUAAAAUAUAUAAAUUUAUAGAGUACAUCUAUGCACAGGAAAAAUAGAAAGUUUUAUUCACUAAAAGGUUAACAGUGGUUUUUGGAGUUGUGAGAUUGUGGGUGAUUUAUUUUCUUUGUUUUCUUUCUACUCAUCUGUUUAUUUUUUCCUAAAGAACACAGAUUACUUUUCUCAUAAAGAAAUACUAAAAUGAAAAAAAGGAAAACAAUAUAUAAAAAGCAAUACAAAGAACUGUUCAGUGAGUUUAUGAAGGCAGUGGAGACACUUAAAAUUCUUGUUGUCAGAACUUAAAAUAAUAUGUGAGACUCACAUUAACUCUGGGACUCAUAUCUGGAGUUAUAACAGAUUCAUUGCUGAAA